AUGGCUGCUUCAAUUACGGGUGGUGUAGUAGGUGGGUUAUCAUGUCUCAGUCAAAAUCUGCACAAGCAUCCUCGUACAAUCAUCCGAAUGACUGCUGUCUCUUACGAAAACAAGAAAACUUACACUCUCAAGAAAUCCGAAGAAGCUUUCAAUGCCGCCAAGGAAUUGAUGCCAGGAGGUGUAAAUUCUCCUGUACGAGCUUUCAAAUCAGUUGGUGGCCAGCCUAUCUUGAUUGAUUCUGUGAAGGGCUCUCACAUGUGGGAUAUUGAUGGUAACGAGUACAUUGACUAUGUUGGAUCGUGGGGGCCGGCUAUAAUUGGUCAUGCAGAUGACGAGGUACUUGCUGCCUUGGCUGAAACAAUGAAGAAAGGAACUAGUUUUGGUGCUCCUUGUCUUCUAGAAAAUACCCUGGCAGAAAUGGUAAUCUCUGCUGUUCCUAGCAUAGAAAUGGUUCGGUUUGUCAACUCCGGUACAGAAGCAUGUAUGGGCAUGUUACGACUGGCUCGUGCAUUCACUGGUCGUGAAAAGAUCAUAAAGUUUGAGGGUUGUUACCACGGUCAUGCAGAUCCAUUCCUUGUUAAGGCAGGCAGUGGUGUUGCUACUUUGGGGCUCCCCGACUCCCCCGGUGUUCCCAAGGCAGCUACCUAUGAAACAUUGACAUCUCCGUAUAACGACAUUUCAACUGUUGAAACCAUCUUCGAAGCAAACAAAGGAGAGAUUGCUGCUGUUAUACUCGAACCUGUUGUAGGAAAUGCUGGUUUUAUUCCACCAAUGCCUGAUUUUUUAAAUGCCCUCCGUACGAUCACCAAAGAUAAUGGUACUCUCCUAGUCUUUGAUGAAGUUAUGACUGGUUUUCGUUUGUCAUAUGGUGGUGCUCAGGAGUACUUUGGUAUAACUCCUGAUUUGACAACACUUGGGAAGAUUAUUGGUGGUGGUCUACCAGUUGGUGCAUAUGGAGGAAAGCGGGAGAUUAUGGAGAUGGUUGCUCCAGCCGGACCAAUGUAUCAGGCCGGGACCCUUAGUGGAAACCCAUUGGCAAUGACUGCUGGUAUCCACACGCUUAAGCGGCUCAAACAACCCGGGACAUACGAUUACCUGAACACGAUCACGAGUGAACUUAUUCAGGGCAUUGUAGAUGCUGGAAAGAAUGCUGGGCAUGCGAUAUGCGGUGGGUAUAUAAGUGGGAUGUUUGGCUUCUUUUUCACAGAUGGCCCAGUUUAUAACUUUGAGGAUGCAAAGAAAAGUGAUACUGCAAAGUUUGCUAGGUUUUACAGAGGAAUGCUGGAGGAAGGUGUGUAUUUGGCACCUUCUCAGUUUGAGGCUGGUUUUACGAGCUUAGCACAUACUCCUGAGGACAUUCAACGGACAAUAGCAGCGGCUGACAAGGUUUUCCAGCAAAUUUAA